CUAAGAGACAAGGCAAGUGCUUGGCUGCAAUCACUUCCACCGGGCUCCAUCACUACAUGGGACCAACUCUCAGAAGCGUUCCUUGCUAAGUACUUCCCUCCGAGCAAAACAACCUAAUUGAGAAAUCAGAUAACAACCUUCACUCAAAAAGAAGGGGAGUCAUUGUAUGAUGCAUGGGAGAGGUACAAGGAUCUUCUAAGGAUGUGUCCACAUCACGGGUUAGAGGAUUGGCUCAUAAUUCACACUUUCUACAACGGUCUUCUCUACAACACAAGGAUGACCGUGGAUGCUGCAGCGGGUGGUGCAUUGAUGAACAAAAGUGUACGAGAUGCAAAACAACUCAUAGAGGAUAUGGCACAGAAUCAUUUCCAGUGGUCAGGAUUGACACGAUUGACAUGGUGGUUAGAGAAGAUUUUACCAGAGAUAUCUCAAGUGAUCCACUUGAGAAAUGUUUAGUAAAGAAUGGGGUACCAGAUGAUGAUGAUCAGGAAAUAACUUCAUAUGUUACAAUGCUUGAUGAAAAGCCAACCUACACCAAAACCACCUACAUCAAAGAACUUGAUAUAGUGGUCGAAAUUGCAAGGGGGCUGAAUGACCAGGUUGUGUCUGUAAACACAGCUGUGUCAAAAAGCAGCAGAAACAGCCCAGAACAGGUUUGUGAAGAGAAAACUGCACCUGGGAAGAUGCUGAAUAAUGAUUCCACACGGCCAUGGUGUGUCCGUAGACACAGUCAUGUCAAAAAGCAGCAGAAGAAGUCUAGAACCAGUCCAUCUCCACCAGUUGAAGUGGAACAUAAAGCACAUUGGGCUAUCAAGAGCAUUCAUUUAGAUUUGAAAGAAUCAGGGGAACAGAGAAAGCUUCAACCAAAUAAACUUGAUGAAUUGAGAUUGGAUGCGUAUGAGAAUGCCAAGAUUUACAAAGAAAGAACAAUGAAGUGGCAUGAUCAACAUAUCCUCUGUAAAGAGUUUACAGAAGGAGACUUGAUACUUCUACUUAAUUCCCGACUCAAGCUUUUUCCGGGCAAACUUUGUUCAAGGUGGUCUGGACCAUUCCAAGUGUGCAAGAUAUACCCAUUUGGGGCUGUCGAAGUUUGGAGUGAAGCCACGGGAUCUUUCAAGGUCAAUGGACAGCGAUUAAAGCAUUAUUUCACAGGAACUCUGAUCGAGAAGUUGGGUACUUUUACCCUUCCCGAUUCAUCAUCAUUGUGAGCAUUGAAGGGGUCGAGCUCAUGACCAUAAACAAGCGCUUCUUGGGAGGCAACCCAAGUUUUUCUUUCAUUUUAUUUUUUCCUUUUAGUGUUUUAAUUAUUAGUUUUCAUGACAUGUAAUCAGGUUGUCGUGAAUUGGUGUGUAGGUGAAUGACAAAGGGAAAAUAGGUAAUAGAGAGUUCAAGGCUAAAGAGGCAGAAGAAAAAAAAUAUUGAAUACACAGUUUACACGGCUAGGCCGUGUCCACCAACACAGCCGUGUAGCAGUCGGGACAGUCUUCAUCUCAUUUCCAGAGUCUACCACACCCUGGAAAGGCAUCCACCACACCUGUGGCCAAAGAAAAAAAAAUUCUAGACUCAUUUUGCCCCACACCCCCUUCUUUUGCGUUCUAGACCCCCCCUCCUUCCACCUUCUUUGACCUAACCCAUUAACCCCCCCUACAAACCACCACCGACUAACCACCCCACCUCUUCGAGCAAACAGCCGCAUCCCUUCCCUUCACCACCCUAAACCACCGUCCUCUUUCAUCCUUCACCAUCAAAAUCGCCGACUAACAACUUCCCCAAAACCACUUCCCUCCCCAACUUUGAUUCCACCACUCAACACUUCCGCCUCUCUCUCAUUCAUCACAUCCAACACCACCAAAUCGCCAGGCGUGCCUCCAGCGCCAAGACACCGCCCUUGUCAUUACGCCCAGAGCAACGCCAACAUUCAUAGACCAAAUUCUUUCAUUUAACAUCUGAAACUUCCAGAUCUGUUCUCAUCAUGGACACCCGCUUGGACAAUUUUGGCAAUACACUUGGAACAAUGAAUGACCAGAAGCAACAUAUGCACCAAUGGUCACUACUUCAUGGCUAUCCACCUCCUCCACCACCACAAUGAGCAGUAAGUCCCUUUUCUCUUUUUUUUCAGUUAUUUACACAUUGGGGACAAUGUGCAAUUCAAGCAUGGGGGAGUGGGUUUGUUGGGAUGAUGUUUCAUGUAUGCUUUGGUGUUUUUGAGUGCUUGUUUUCUGUGUUGGGAUUUUUCAUUUAGCUUAAAAAAAAGGAGUACCACUGUUCAGCAAAAUCUUUUAGCACGUACAUCAUUUAUUUCACAUGCCCCAUUGUUAAAAAAAUAUCUUUGUUUCAUGUUCAGUUGGUUAGGAUGUUAUCUGUUCGAGUUCCACUUUGUCGAUACUUAACUCUAAACAUUGGAGAGAUAGGAAUGGAUUUUGGCUCAACCCAUCUAAUUAAAACCUAAGCUUCUUUGGUGACUUGGAAUACUUUUUGGUUACUGGAGAAACACUUGGCCUUGUAUAAAAAAAAAAUCCUAAAGUCUGUUGCACCGAGUACCUGGCACCGCACCCUCAGAAAUAUGGUUGUCACGUCAGUAGGUGUUAAUUAUGACGGGAUUUUCAAAAAAAUGAAAAAAAAAUUGAAUAAAAUGCAAGGAAACCGAGUGCUCCUUUGAGACCUUAAGUAGGAAGAGUAUGACCCAUUGUGAUGAGAUAUGUGUCUGUCACGGGGAGUUUUAGGUAAUAAAAAAAAACUUUGUCAUGCCAUUUCUUUUUCCAACGUUUAUGAGUUGAGUCACUUGCACUAACGUACGUGAACGCCUACAGAUAUAUUUUCUUCAACUUUGAACUUGAAACAAUAUUUCUAUUUUGACAUUGGGUUGAGUGGAAUAAUGUUGCAUGUGGACUUGAGAAUAGUGGAUACCUUUGUGUUUAAUUUCUAUUUUCUUUGAAUUUGUACCACUCAUGUGUGUGUUUCCAUCUGUUUUGCUUGAGGACAAACAAUAAUUCAAGCAUGGGGGAGUUGAUAAACAUGAAUAUUAUCUAUAUUUUGACUAUGUUUCACCUACGGAUUCAUUGUUAUUUGAUAUAUUUCCUUGCAUUUUGGCCAUGUUAAGCUCCCUAGUUCUUGUUUACUGCUCUAUUUAUAUAUUGUGUAGGAAUUACUGGAGUUUAGCACGGAUUCAGAGUCAAGAAGGAGUCAAGGAAUGCAAGGAAAGUGGCUACACGGUCACCCAGUGUUCAACAACACAGGCGUGUUGAUUACAGAAGAAAAGCCCAGAAAGCAGAGCGAAACAGAAUUAAACACGGCCUGGUCGCGUCGAUCUGCACAGCCGUGUUGGAUGACAGCAGUUAGUUAUCAUGCGAUCUGGUGCAAUAUUUGAAGUUAUCUUUCAACACGUUUUUUCCAGAAUUAAAAGGGAGACGCCCUGAAGCACCUGACCAGAGACCAAAGGCUGGAGAUCUUGAUUUUUCUUUCUUCUUCUUCUCUUCUUCUCUCUAAAAACUCUUAGAUUAGGUUUUUUUUUGAUUUGGAACCUGCUGUUUGUGGAGAAUUGUGUGCAACUUCAACACUAUGGUUUAUCUUUCCGAUCUAUCUUAAUUUCUAGUUUAUGAUUAUGAUCUUA